ACAGUACGUCACGGACCUGCGACAGCAGCGUGACGUCAUCUUUCUUUGCCACACGCUGUGCUCUAAAGCAGCCAGAUGUAGAGUCUCCAGCAGAGCUUUAAAGCCCUUCGUUAGAAUGUCGGUUUUUCACGACGAAGUAGAGAUUGAAGACUUUGAGUAUGACGAGGAGACAGAGACCUAUUAUUUCCCGUGUCCUUGCGGAGACAGAUUCGCUAUAACUAAGGAUGAUCUGGAGAAUGGGGAGGAGGUGGCAACGUGUCCAAGCUGCUCGCUCAUAGUCAAAGUCAUUUAUGAUAAGGAUGUGUUCAUGGCUGGAGAAGUGGUCCCGGCUGUGUUAUCUACAGAGACCAAAGUGGAGCUAGCUCAGUCCUCAUGACAACUUCAACAUGUUUUAGAUUAUUUAUUCUAUAUUAUGAUAAUACAUUGUCCGAUUAUUUUAUUAAACAUUUGUUUCAACUGACAAA